AUGAGGAAGGAAAUGGACGAGCUGAGGAGCGCCAUUAAGGAGAAGACGGACCGAAGCGUGGACAAAAUGGUAAGGGCUACGGAUUCACCCUUCACUACUGCGGUACUCGAAUGCCCUGUGCCGUCAAAAUUUCGCUUACCUCAGCUUGAACCAUUCGACGGACUAAAAGACCCCCAGGAUCACCUUAAUACCUUCAAGACGAUUCUGGGACUUCAACAACCACCUGACGAGAUACUUUGCCGUUCCUUCCUGACAACUCUCAAAGGAGCGGCAAGAGAAUGGUUUACUAAGUUGCCACACUCGUCCAUAGACAACUUCGAUCAGCUGAGUAGCGACUUCUUGCACCACUUUAUAGGGGGACAACGCCCAAGGAGGCCAGUAAACUACUUACUCACCAUAAGACAAGGAGAAAAGGAGACUCUGAGGUCAUAUGUCAAACGAUUCACCCGGGAAACUCUGGAGGUAGACGAAGCUGAUGAUAAGGUGCAGCUGACGACCUUUAAAGCAGGGUUGAGAUCCAGAGACCUCGUGGCCUCUCUGGCAAAGAACCCCCCAAAGACGAUGGCGGAGAUGCUCCUGAAGGCACAAAAGUACAUGAAUGCGGAAGAUGCCCUAGCUGCCAUAAAAGAUACCGAGAGGCCAGGAGACAAGGCCAAGAGGGAAGACGACCGUAGAGGGCAGAAGAGAGAUCGACCGGACCGUCAGAACAAUGACGGGAAUAGGAGGAAGGACGAUAAAAAUCCUCGGAUGGUAAGAUUUACUCCCUUAGUUAUGCCUGUUGACAAGAUUUUCACGCAGAUCAAGGACGAGCACUAUCUCAAAUGGCCCAGGCCAUUACACUCAUCACCCAAUGUCCGUGACAAGAACAAGUAUUGCCGAUUCCACAGAGACCAUGGCCACCUCACAGAGGAUUGCAGAGAUCUAAAGGAGCAAAUAGAAGAGUUAAUACGGAAAGGGAAAUUACAAAAAUAUGUAAAGAAAGGAGAAUAUAGCAAGUUCAGGGACGACAGUAAAAUCCAGCAUGAAGCCUUCUCGCGGGAUGACGACCAUACGUCCCAGCCUCCACGCAAGGUGAUCGGGGAGAUAAACACGAUCACAGGGGGACCAUUCUCAGGAGGAUCAUUUAGAUCACUCAAAAAGGCAUACCAUAGACAGUUGAACAGUGUCCACGCCAUGCCUCCGUCCAAGCACAGACGAACAUACCAGGAUAUGUCUUUUAGUGAAGGAGACGCCAUAGGAGUGAAGCAGCCCCACAAUGAUCCCCUGGUUAUAACGCUGAAUAUAGAAGGAUUCAAUACUAAAAGGAUCCUCGUUGAUAACGGAAGCUCCGCGGACAUCAUCUACUUCCCAGCCUUCCAGCAACUGAGAUUAGAUCCGAAAAGGCUUUGCCCUUUUGACUCUCCCCUCGUCAGUUUUAGUGGAGACAGGGUUUACCCCAAGGGCAUAGUAACGUUGACGGUGACGGCAGGGACCUAUCCAGUACAAUUGACCAAACAAGUAGACUUCCUGGUAACGGCGUUGGUGAGGUGA